AUCAUCUCAGUCAACCAUGGGUCUCCCUGGGUGUCAGAUGUGGACAUGGACCCUUUGUGUUUUCUUCAGCUGGAUGUUUGUGGGUCGAGCAGCGGCAGGACCGCAGUACAUGGUCGCCAUUCCUGCAACUCUUGAAUCCGGGGCUGUGACCAAGCUCUGUGCGAGUCUCCUGCAGCCCAACGAGACUCUGGUCAUGACCAUCACUCUGAAGUCCUCAGAGGAGAAUACAACCCUCUUCACACAGGCGUCCAAUAAGGACUUUCAUAGCUGCACUCAAUUUAUGGUUCCCUUAGGCAAGAAUGGAGAUGUUCAGGCAUUUGAGGUGGAGGUACGAGGCCAAACCUAUUACUCAAAGGAAGUCAGGAAGGUCCUGAUCAAAGUCUAUCAUCCAGAGACAUUCGUCCAAACAGAUAAACCAAUCUACCUCCCUGGACAAACAGUGCAUUUCAGAGUCAUCACACUGGACUCCAAGUUGAGACCUGCCAAUGGGCUGUACGAUAUCAUCGAAAUUAAGGAUGCUGGCGACAACCGUAUUGGACAGUGGCUGAAUGAAACGUCCAACAGUAAGAUAUUGCAGCUUUCAUACGACUUGAACUCUGAGGCCCGUGAAGGACACUACCAGGUUAUUGUAACUAUUGGGUCGGAUAAAAUACAUCACAACUUCAAGGUGGAGAAAUACGUUCUGCCUAAAUUUGAAAUAAAAAUAAAUGCAUCCGAUGAAGUAAUUAUUGAUGACGAGGGAAUCAAAGCUGAAGUAUGUGCAACGUAUACAUUCGGACAGCCCGUUCCAGGCAGUGUUGAGGUCAAGAUGUGCCGACCUCUAAAUCACCACUAUAUUCCAAGACCUGCAUUAAACGAUGUCACUCAGGAGGAGCACUUUGAUGUAGUCGCCCCAUGCCACAGUGAGACAAAGCAGACGGACAACAAAGGCUGCGCCACGUUUAUCUUCCAGAUGUCAGCUUUCACAAGAGUUGCACAAAAGGUUCUGAGAGAUGAACUGCAGCUCCGGGUCAAAGUGGAAGAAGAGGGCACAGGUAUCUCACGCGAACAAGAGCAGAAAAUGAGGAUUUCAUAUGUCGUUGGAAAGCUGUCCUUCACCGACACGCCCAAGAUUUAUGACCAAGGAUCAAACUUGGAGGGAAAAGUUCAAGCGGUUCAUUACAACAAAACCCCCAUUGCCGACAUGCCGCUGUACCUGUUUGAGGGUGAAAGCUGGUCAUCCCGCCGGCUGCAGAAUCUCACAACCAACAGCGAUGGCGUCGCCUCGUUCUCAAUCAGCACGGCUGAACUUGUGGGGGACCUCCAACUCCGCGUGAGCAACUUGCCGAAAUACGGCUACGCCGGUUACAGAACGCCGUACUUUGAGGCUGGAGAGCACAGUGUUUCCUUGCUCCGACCUUCAACUCCACACACUAAAACGGUCAGCUUCCUGGAGGUGAAGAAGAAGAAUAACCCACUUCCAUGUGACAAAGAAGAAGUCUUCACCAUCCAAUACACGGUGGUAGGAGAAGCCCAGGGCUCUGUGGACGUGAUGUAUCUGGUGUUAACCCGAGGAGCCAUCGUCAUGCAGGGAGCUAAACGGGUCCAAGUGCAAGAAUCAGUGAACGAGGGUGAGGUGACCUUCAAGUUGAUGGUGUCUCCCGACAUGGCGCCAGACGUCCAGGUGGUGGCGUACGCCGUCCUCCCCAGUGAGAAUGUGAUGGCCCACAGCGCUGACUUCUCUGUCGAGAAAUGCUUCGGUAACAAGGUGUCCCUGGAGUUCUCUCCGUCCUCGGCUGUCCCGGGAGAGGAGGCCAUCCUGCAGGUGACGGCUCAGCCCGACUCGCUGUGCGGCGUGAGCGCCGUGGACCAGAGCGUCCUCAUCAAGGAGCCGGGGAAAUCUCUGGAUGCUGAGAAGAUAUUUGACCUGUUGCCCGUCAAAAAAAACUCCCACAUUCCAUACAUGGUUCAAGAUUCCGUCGAAUGUUUGCGCGUGAGGCCGAGAAGAUACGUCAUGCCGUCCCCCAAUGAGCAGAAAGAGGACGCUCAUACCGUUUUCCAGAACGUGGGGAUGAAGAUGGCAACAAACUUGUUAAUCCGAGUGCCUUCAUGCCUCCAGUACAAAGGAAGACAAUACCACCAGGGCCACGGCGGAUAUGGUAUUAAUUACAGGUUACGGGCUGUUCCUGAAACAGCUUCAAUGCUCACACCAAAUAGGAUGGGGAGUGCUGCAGGACCACCUGAUUCACCAAUAGAGACAGUCCGUACUUUCUUCCCUGAGACCUGGAUAUGGGAUCUGGUGGAAGUGGGAGAAUCCGGAGUGAAGGACGUGUCCCUCACCGUCCCGGACACCAUCACCACCUGGGAGACGGAGGCUUUCUGUCUGUCCCCCCACGGUUUCGGCUUGGCCCCCCGUAAGGAGAUCACCGUCUUCCAGCCCUUCUUCCUGGAGCUCACCCUGCCCUACUCCAUCAUCCGGGGGGAGCACUUCGAACUGAAGGCGACCGUCUUCAACUACAUGAGCAGCUGCAUCAUGGUCACCGUGGCUCCGGUUCCCUCCUUAGAAUACACCCUCACCCCCCUCUCCGGUGACCACUACACUUCCUGUUUGUGCGGCAACCAGCGCCGGACCGUGAGCUGGACGAUGGCGCCCUCAGCUUUAGGGGUCGUGAACGUGACGGUGGUCGCCGAGGCCGUGGCGUCCCACGUUUCCUGUGACAACGAGGUGGUGAGCGUGCCGAAGAGAGGUCGCAUCGACUCGGUCACACAAUCGCUCAUCGUGAAGGCUGAAGGAGUUGAGAUGUCAAAGACCUUCAACUGGCUGCUCUGCCCGAAAGGAGAGACUUUGAAGGAGGAAGUCCACAUCCAGCUCCCCGAGGACGUGAUUGUUGGAUCAGCCCGUGCUUCAGUCUCUGUCCUGGGUGACAUUCUGGGCCGAGCCCUGAACAACCUGCACGGGCUUCUGCGGAUGCCGUACGGAUGUGGGGAGCAGAACAUGGCGCUCCUCGCCCCCAACAUCUACAUCCUCCAGUACCUGAGGAACACUCAGCAGCUGACCUCGGCCAUCAACGACAAGGCCACCAAGUUCCUGACCGGCGGCUACCAGAGGCAGCUGAACUACAGGCAUGGUGAUGGCGCUUACAGCACCUUCGGAUCCGGAACGGGGAACACUUGGCUGACUGCUUUCGUGGUGAGAUCGUUCACCAAAGCCCAGUCCUUCGUCUACAUCGACCCCAAGACGAUGGAAGGCUCGGUGGCUUGGCUGAAAGCUAAGCAGCAGGAGAACGGCUGUUUCCAACAGUCAGGAAAGCUCUUCAACAACAGGAUGAAGGGCGGCGUGUCUGACGAGGUGACGCUCAGCGCGUACAUCACGGCUGCCUUCCUGGAGAUGAACACGUCCGUAGACGCCCCUGAAGUGAAGAGGAGCCUGUCUUGCCUCAGAGAGUCUUUCGGCGACCUCAGUAACAGCUACAGCACGGCUCUGCUGGCGUACGUCUUCACCCUGGCAGGAGACACGGAGGCCCGAGCUCACCUUCUGGAGCACCUGGACUCGGUCGCCAUACGACAAGGAGGUUUCCUCCACUGGGCUCAGAAGGCAUCAGGCACGUCGACCUCUCUCUCCGUGGAGAUCAGCUCCUACGUCCUGCUGGCUAAACUCAGCGCCUCUCCGACCAAUGAAGACCUGGGCUACGCCGCCCACAUUGUCAGGUGGCUGGCCGGCCAGCAGAACUACCGAGGAGGCUUCUCCUCCACACAGGACACAGUGGUGGCUCUCCAGGCUCUGGCUCUCUACUCCGCUCUGGUGUUCAGUCCCGGAGGUUCGAGCGCGGUGACGGUCCAGACUCCCAGUGGCCAGCUGAUGUUCGAGGUGAACCAGAACAACAAGCUGCUCUACCAGGAGACGGAGCUGCAUGACACGACGGGGAAGUUCAGCCUGGAGGUGAAGGGCACGACGUGCGCUGUGAUGCAGAUUUCUCUUCACUAUAACAUCCCUCCUCCCACUGAAGACACCCCUCUCGAUGUCGAGGUCACAUCAAAGGCCAACUGCACCAACGGAAGACCCAAACUCUCUCUGAUGAUCAAGACCCUAUACAGUGGAGAGGAGAACACGACCAACAUGGUGAUCCUGGAUAUCAAAAUGCUCUCCGGGUUUGUCCCAGACCCAGAGUCUCUGAAGAGCCUCAAGCGGGCCAUACUGGUGGAUCGAGUGGACCAGAACGAGGACCACGUCCUGGUUUACAUCAAGGAGCUGCUUAGGGACACGCCCAUCUUUUACAGGUUAGACCUCAUCCAGGAGCUCCGAGUGCAGAACCUGAAGCCGGCCGUGGUCAAGAUCUACGACUACUACCAGCCGGGUGACCAGCGUGACACCGAGUACUCCUCCCCUUGUGUCGCAGGUUGAACAGGGAGGAGGGGCUAGUCCUGAUGAACACCAAGUCUACAGACAGUCCUCCAUACCGUCAGUGUUCUGCUACAAGCCUUAUGAACACAAAUGCAUGAUGGACAAUAAAGUUUUGUUGAACUUCUC